UAUAGCUGACUUCUAUGCAGUGUCAGGACCUUCUGGUGCAGGGCCUGAGUUUGGGGAUGAUCCUGGGUGGGGUUAUGCACUUUAUUUGCCUCAUGAAGUCUCAUGAUGCCUAUGGCCGUUAUGUGGACACCUCUACCAGUGCUGUGAUGGUGCCCGCGAGGCUUGCCUGGUUCCUCCAGGAGCUGCCUGCUCUGCUGUUGCCCCUGCUUUUGUUGUUGACCACAGAUGGGAACCACAGCAUCGGGAAGCACUUGAUGCUCUGGACAUUCUGCCUGCACUACUUUCAAAGGACCUGCAUCUACUCUCUGUUGACCAAAGGACGUCCAUUUCCAUUCAACAUUAUGCUGUCUGGGAUGGUGUUUUGCUCUAUUAAUGGCUUCCUGCAGGCACACUAUCUGCUGCACUGUGCUACAUAUCAAAACACAUGGAUCUCUGAUGGUCGCUUAUUAGCUGGUAAAACUCAAUUACUGAAUGAUCUCCCUCUGUUUGUUCAUUAGGACUUUCUUCUGAAGAACACAAAAGGAGAGGUCUCAGUCACUGUUCCUGCAGGUGGCUUAUUUGAGUAUGUGUCUGCAGCAAAUUUCUUUGGAGAAAUUGUAGAGUGGUUGAGCUACGCUCUUGCUACCUGGUCUUUACCCACAUGUUCUUUUGCUUUUUUCACCAUUUGCUUCAUAGGCCCUAGAGCCUAUCACAGGUCAAAUCACAGGUUCUAUAAUGAGACGUUCAAAGAUUUCCCCAGAUCAAGAAGAUCUCUCAUACCCUUCAUCUUCUGAAGAGCCACAGCAGAUAAAUGGCAUUUAACUUCACGUUUUGACAGAUUACAACUAAGGAAAUAAUUAAACUCCUCAAUUCCUGCCCUGUACACCUAUACUUUUGGUUUGUUUUUAUUGUCUGAUUUUCAUACAGUAGAAAAGAUAUGACUAUUUACAGUAUGUCUCGAAACUGUUACCAGAUUGUUUGUAAAAGUUUUUGACCUUCCCAUGUGCCCAAGACCUAAAGGGUUAGUUUUCUCAAAAAUGUAUAUUCUUCAAAACCUGUAUGUCUUUCUCUCUUCCGUAAAACACAAAAGGAAAUGUUGUGCAGAAUUAUCAGUCUCAGUCACCAUUCAAUGCAAUGUGUUCCAUGGAAAGUUAGCCAUACAGGGUUGCAAUGACAUUAGGGUGAGUAAAUAAUGACAAUUGUUUAUUUUUUUGGUGGAAAAACAAAAGGCUACUUUAUUGCACUCUGUUUUUUAUUUUAUUUUAAUGGUCCACAGAAAAACUGUACAAUACCACACUAGUAUGAUUUUUGUCAAAGGGAAUAGAGACUAUAAUGA